GCAGCAACCAGCAGCACAGUGAGCAAACAUGUCCACCAGCAUGAACAUGGGCAGGAUCGUCUUCUACGAGGACAGGAACUUCCAGGGUCGUUCCUAUGAGUGCAGCAGCGACUGCGCUGACAUGUCCUCCUACCUGAGCAGGUGCCACUCCUGUAGGGUUCAGAGCGGCUGCUUCAUGGUCUACGACCGCAACAACUACAUGGGAAACCAGUACUUCAUGAGGAGGGGAGAGUACUCUGACUUCCAGAGUAUGAUGGGAAUGACUGAUAUCAGGUCCUGCCGCACGAUCCCCAUGCACAGAGGAUCCUACAGAAUGAGGAUCUACGAGAGAGAUAACUUCGGAGGUCAGAUGCAUGAGAUGAUGGACGACUGUGACUCCAUCAUGGACCGUUAUCGUAUGUCCGACUGCCAGUCCUGCAACGUGAUGGAUGGCCACUGGCUGAUGUACGAGCAGCCCCACUUCAGAGGCAGGAUGAUGUACAUGAGGCCCGGAGAGUACAGGAACUUCAGGGAUAUGGGCAUGAGUGGCAUGAGGUUCAUGAGCAUGAGGCGUAUCACUGAUAUGUGCUAG